UGACGCACGUGCGCGCGCCCCCGCGCGCUGUUGUCCGCUCGCUCCCGUGCCGCCCGCCCCGUGCGCGUGCCAGCCGGCGGCGGGGGGCGCGCGCGGCGUGCGGAGCCGGCACGCGCGCUGUUGUUAUUGGCGGCGCCGCCGCGGCCGCGGCGGAGGGAGCGGGGCGGGGGGGGGAACGGGACGGGACAGGGAGGAGCGGAGCGGGCGGCUCAGUCAAGGAGUUCUUUAAAGAUGGCCGGAGCGACUACCGCCGCCGCGACCCCCGUGUACUGCGUGUGCCGUGAACCCUACGACGUGAGCCGCUUCAUGAUCGAGUGCGACAUCUGCAAGGACUGGUUCCACGGCAGCUGCGUUGGGGUAGAGGAGCACCAUGCUGUUGACAUUGAUCUAUACCAUUGUCCCAACUGUGCAAUUCUCCAUGGACCUUCUCUAAUGAAGAAGAGGAGAAACUGGCACAGACAUGACUACACAGAGCCAGAUGAUGGCUCCAAACCAGUGCAGGCUGGAACACGGACCUUUGUUAAACAGCUGCGGGCUCGCUCUUUCCCAAGUGCUGAUGAAGUAAUUUUGAAAAUGCAUGGAAGCCAGUUAACGCAAAGAUAUCUGGAGAAACAUGGGUUUGAUGUUCCCAUUAUGGUUCCUAAAUUAGAUGGUCUGGGACUCAGACUUCCUCCACCGACUUUCUCCGUUUUAGAUGUGGAACGCUAUGUGGGUGGUGACAAAGUGAUAGAUGUUAUAGAUGUAGCAAGACAAGCAGACAGUAAAAUGAAGCUCCAUAAUUACAUUAAAUACUUCACAAAUCCUGACCGGCCCAAAGUAUUGAAUGUGAUCAGCCUGGAAUUCUCGGACACAAAGAUGUCUGAAUUAGUGGAAGUACCAGACAUUGCCAGAAAGCUUUCGUGGGUGGAAAAUUAUUGGCCAGAUGAUUCUGUCUUCCCUAAGCCUUUUGUUCAGAAGUAUUGCUUAAUGGGUGUCCAGGACAGCUAUACAGAUUUUCAUAUUGAUUUUGGAGGAACAUCAGUUUGGUACCACGUUCUCUGGGGUGAAAAGAUAUUCUAUUUAAUCAAGCCCACUGAUGAAAAUUUGGCUCUCUAUGAGUCCUGGAGUUCAUCUGUCACCCAGAGUGAAGUAUAUUUUGGGGACAAGGUUGACAAAUGUUACAAGUGUGUUGUGAAGCAAGGACACACUUUAUUUGUCCCAACAGGCUGGAUUCACGCUGUGCUCACAUCUCAGGAUUGUAUGGCUUUUGGAGGAAACUUUUUGCACAACCUCAACAUUGGCAUGCAGCUCAGGUGUUAUGAAAUGGAGAAGAGGCUAAAAACCCCGGAUCUUUUCAAAUUUCCUUUCUUUGAAGCCAUCUGUUGGUUUGUGGCCAAAAACUUACUGGAAACAUUGAAAGAACUGAGAGAAGAUGGUUUCCAGCCUCCAAGCUAUUUAGUGCAAGGAGUGAAGGCUUUACUUACUGCUUUAAAAUUAUGGAUGAAAAAAGAACUUGUAACAGAACAUGCCUUUGAAAUUCCGGACAACAUUAGGCCUGGGCAUCUCAUCAAAGAGCUCUCUAAAGUGAUUCGUUCUGUAGAGGAAGAAAACAGCAAAUUAGUUAAAACUCAGGGAAUUCUUGGUGUGUCUCCAUCUUCACGAUCUUCACAUGAAACAGCUUCCCCUCACCACUCCAGGCGAAGGGUGAGGAAGCUGCGAGACCAUGCUACCAAAACUCCUUCUAAUCUGGACAUCCUGGAACUUCACACUAGGGAGGUACUGAAAAGGCUGGAGAUGUCACCCUGGGAAGAGGAUAUCACAAGCUCAAAACUGAAUGGGAGGUUUAACAAGCCCUUUCAGCCCUCUUCUACAGUACCUGAAUGGAGAACAAAAGACAAUGAUCUUCGCCUUCUGCUGUCAAAUGGAAGAAUAAUUAGAGAUGAGAGACGUCCAUUUACAGAUCGAAGUCUUUACACAGCAGACAGUGAAGAUGAAGAUGACAGGACAAGGUCAAAAAAGACAGCUGUGAAGGUAGAAGAGCAGCCCUCAGGAUUUGAAGGAGAAGGGAAUGCAGAUGCCCAGAAACCACUGAACAUGUUCUUUGAAAGUGUGAAAUCAGAACUCAGGAAUGGAUCCUCAGAGUACUCUGAUAUUUCUGAUUCAGAAGAAUCUGAGCCUGAUUGCACUACACAGCAGAAGGAUUCCUCCACAGAGGAGUCAGAAAGCUCAGGUGAUGAAGAGAAGCAGGAAGUAACAUCAAAUUUCAAAGAAGAAUCUAAGGUCACAAGAGACCUUUGUCAAAAUACCCAGAAGCCAUCCAGAAAUGAAACUCCCAGUAAAAAGGAAUGUCCUACCUCGACAAGUACAGAAGAAGAAGCUAUUCAGGGCAUGCUUUCUAUGGCAGGAUUGCACUAUACUACAUGUUUACCAGGUCAUACUCAAAGCACAGACUGCACAAGUAAAAGAACCUCUCUUCAGGAACACAGAAGCUACCCCAGGAGUCGGCAUAAAGACAGACAGCCAUCUCAGAGCCACAAAACCAUGGAAUGUGGUAGGUCUGUGAAGGACGAGGAAGGAGACCUGGGAACUUCAGCAUGGACUAGACACCUGAAUGAUGCUUCGAGGAUUACCCCUCAGGAUGCAAAUAAAACUCAAAAAUAUAUCAAGAAGGAGGGUGCAUCGGAAGCCAGUCUUAAGGUUCAGGAAAACAGAAGCAUAGUCCACAGCAACAGCUUGAGUUUUCAGCAUGGCAAAUACACACGAGACUCCAGCCUGAUGCAAGCAGAAUGUCAGCUGAGUGAUGGCAGCCUUAGCCCUGACAGGCCCUAUGGUGAAACGUCCUUGUCUGUACCGCUGCACCCAACGAAGAGGCCAGCAUCAAACCCACCCCCCAUCAGCAACCAGGCAACAAAAGGCAAACGUCCAAAGAAAGGAAUGGCAACUGCUAAACAGCGCCUUGGGAAGAUCCUGAAGCUGAACCGGAAUGGCCAUGCACGCUUCUUUGUUUGAUGUAGCUGCUACUUGUACUACUGCUGUCUUUCCUACACAGACCAGUAUUGAGGGCAACAGAGCCUGGAGCUGCUGUUAAUCCUCUGCUUGAAGCAGACUUGCAUGUACCAUAGAAAACACUGCCUGAUGAACAAAAGAAAGAAAGAAAAAGAAAAAAAAAAAAGGAAAAAAAGAAAAACCCACACAAAAAAAAACCCAACCCAAUGCUGCAUUUUCACUGUGCCACACCUGCUCAGCAAUAACCAUAUGGGAACGGGGAAAUCUUCAGAGAGACACGGACUGUGAGAAAUAGUCUCUCAUCAGGGCUUGAAUAUCAUUUGUUGCUGGUAGUUUCUGACCUAAAUUAAUGAGGGGAAGAUGAUGAAGGUGGUUUAUCAAUAAUUUAUUUCUGAUAGAUUUUUCACAACUUUAAAAUUCAUUUAAGAAACUAUUUAUUUGGAAGACUUUUUCUGGGGGGGUUAUUAAUUUAGAUUUAAUAAUGUGAAAGUUUUAAAUUGUUUUGAUAAUGUGUGUUUGGUGCAGUGGAGAGCCACAUUAAUUGUGAUUAGUCUGGACUCCUAAAUUUGAUAUUCAGGUUAUAGUCUUAAAUAGGGUGAGAUGCAUUAUUAAUUAUUUUUUAAAUUAAGGCAUAAGGAAUCUUAUUAUUUUUUCCUGCUUUUUGUAAGCUAUUGGCUGGGCUUCUGUUGACUUGCAAGUUGCAUAUUCUCUGCCAGCUUGAUUAUUUUUUGACCUGUCCUUUUUAAUAUCAGAUUUAUUUAUUUAAUGGACUAGAAGAGACUCCUAAAGACAGAAGAAUUUUCUUAUGUUGGUCCAGUAGCUAACUUGUUUUAAACUGCACCUCUUUCCUCCAAAUCUGAGUUCUUAUUUUCCUCCUGAUGAUCUGUCUGUGAUGAUUUUCUUGUGUAAAAAGACUCCUUGAAAUUGUAUUUGUACUAGUUAUUUAAGAGUUGGUACAAAGGAGGAAGACCCAGUAUAUUUUUUGGAGGAACGGGGACAUCAGUUAAGAUAAAUGUUUCUUCAGAUCAGUUGCUCUAAAAUAGAUACACAGUGCAGUUAAAAGAUUUGGCAUUUUACUUAAUGUAGCAUGGAAGAAGCAUUAAAGUGUUGUUAUUGUACAUUAAACACAUUUUACUAAGGAGUCAUGAAAGCAGGAGAAUGUGUGCUGCUUUCAAACCUGGGCAAGACAGCAAAUUAAAAGUCUUAACUGGUCCGUAUAUAUAAACAUUUAAGUAGCUUACUGGUAUCAGAAUGAUCAUUUGUGUCAGGCUUCAUACACAGCUGAUAGCAAAUGCCAAUUCUGAAUUAUUGUAAAUAAUUUUGAUUUAAAAUUUGUAUUUUUCUGUAAUAUAAAAUUAAAUAUUUAACUUUUGAGGGUCGGGGAUGAAGGCAGAAAGGGGAAUACUUUUACUUGAUUCUGGAAAAAGGGCAUUUUGCAGGGUCCAGCCAAAAUGUAAAUGUCAGUAUGCUAAUGACAACAAUAUUGUUGGUUGGGGUUUGUGUUUUUUGGUUUUUUUUUGGAUUGGUAAGAGUAAAAAUACUCCUGCAUAGCUGUCCAAGUCAUCAAAUUGAUUUUAAUUUUCCACACCAAUUUUUUCCUUCCUCCAUAUCCUAUACUGGAAUAAUUUUCUCUUGUGGUUUAAUAACAAAGUCAGUUUUAUUUUCCAGAAUAUUUGUGCAGAGUUAUUUUUAUUUAGGCUAGACUAUGAAUGUGUUUAGAAAUUUGUGGAAAUAGUUCUAAUGUCAGGUGUUCUUUAUUGCUGCAGGGUCAGAACCAGUUAGUACUAUGUUAUCCUGUUUCUAAAUGGAGAAACAUCAAAAUGUAGUGCCACUGCAAAAAAAAGUCAGGUAGCUUUCAUAGCUUUACUUUGUCUAAAGCUUGGAAAUUAAAGUUUAGGAGUGUUUUUGUAGCCCUACUUUUACAUUAUGAUAACUUAACGUCUGUGUCUUGUAUGGGUGAAUUUUUCAACUUUUUUGUUUGCUAAUUAAUGUUUCCCAAAACAAGUUUUUAGUCUUUUAAUUUUUUUAAAUUUAACACAAGUUAUGGAUUUUUAGAAUAUUGGGAAUGGAGGUAGUCAAGGAUUUCUAAAAAGCAGAAGAUAAGCUAAGAAGUAUUCUUCAGGUGCUGAAAAUGACUAUAAGGACUUGCUGUUCUCAGGUGCUAUGUUUUCUAGAUGGAAAUAGUUAAAAGAGAAUAUUUUAACUAUCUUCUAAUAUGUUCUCACCAAAGUAAGUAAAAGAAAUAAACUAUGUUGUCAAUAUUAGUUAAAAUUAUAUACCCAUAUAAAUUUUCUCUUCAUUUGAACUUGAGCAAAUGGUUUAAUGUCUGCCAGGCUUUGGAAACUGUUUCAGCUUUAGCAUAUUGAACCAAACUGUUUCCUUCCUGCUGGCUGUGCAAUUUCUAAUGAUAGAAAAUUCCAGUUUAGGGCAGCAGUCAGAUUCAGAGCAGAAUAAAGAAUGAGUUCUCUCUCCUUAAAGACAGAUUUUUGUCUAAAGUAAAAGUAUGCCAGAAUAGAAUCUGGAGCAAGGAAUUUUCAAAUACAGAGCAUGCUUUCUUGUACAUGUGAUUGGUUUAUACAAAGUCUCUUUUCUGACCAUCCACGCUAUUUAUCUGUAUCUUAUAGUUGAAAUAUAGAUAUGGCUGGACCCAUAUAUAUUAUUUCUUCUUGGUUUUAUCCUUUCUAUUGCUCUAAUUUUUACCUUUUUUUUUUCCUGAGUGGCUCUCCACUGUCAUGAAUUUAUGUAAUAGUCUCUUCACAGGCUGUCAACAGGCAGAGGUUCAUUCCCAUUUUCUUCAAAUAUCCAUGCUUCCAGCAGAAGUUAAAUCUGGUGUUCCAACUCAGAACAAGUAAUUCAAAAGAAAUUGCCAUGUUGAGCAGUAUUAAAAAAAAAAAAAAAAAGAAAAACAGCAAACAAUUAAAAAGAAAUCUCCUGGUAGCUUAUGAAGAGGAUGUGGUGACCUCACUUGUUUUGUGUACUUGUAUGUAGAGAUAUAUUUAUUGCAUUCUAGCUGAAAUCACUUCUGCACCAGUCUUUCUGUAGAUGGACUGAACCUUGUGUUGUUGUAGUGGAGAGAAAAAGCCCAAUUUUUUUCCUUGCUGUCUCACUUGGGGUGGAAGAGGGAGGGAGUAGGGAACACUGGCUGGACAACAGCAAAUGACACCUGGUAUGGUAACUUUUUUCAAGGGUAAUAUUUUUUGAAAAGUCAGAGAACUUGCGUUUGUCGUAAAACUCAAUUUAAUUUUUUUAAAAUUUUUUUUGGUACGCAGAACAAUAGGAAAUGAAAUAUUGUAGGGGUUUCCCCAGUCUCUUAAGUUCUCAUGUUCCUACAAUUGCAAAAAAAGAAACAAAUAUGAAAAUGGAAAGACCACCUAGAAGCUAUAUCAAAGAUUCUUCCAGCAACUUUCCCUUUUCUUUUCCUUUUAUACUUGCUAAUAAACCCUGGCUACAGGGUAGCCUUUGUUGACCUCUGAGGUAGAUUACCUAUGCAACCUAUAACACUCUACAUAAGUUCAUUCUUAAUGAGAAUUUUGGAAGGGUUAGAUGUUGAGAGUUAAAGUUGUUGUUUUCUGAUCACAUGGGAGGGUUUGGGGUUUUGAUUUUUUUUUUUUUUUUAUAUUUUUGGUGGUUGAAGUGCUUGUGUUACCUUUGGUAGAGAUGUAUGAGAGCACAGUGUCAUGACCACAAUUUAGACACUUUGUUUUUGCUCUAAGGCAUAAGCUACCUUCACUCAUGAGACCCUAAAGUUGCAAGUGUUGAAAAUUUUUGCAGGAUUUCAAAGCCAGAGCUGGUGGGAAUCUUGCCUACCCCUUUUUUGGUAGCUGUGGAGACUAAGCAGAACUAGAAUGGCCCAGUGGCUAGACCCUCUUUAGGCUCCACAUGCCCACCUGUCCCUUCACACUCCCACCACAACCCCCAAGCCUUGUGUCUUUCCAGAGUGUCAUUCACAUCACACUUCCAGACCAUUAAAAGCUGUUUGUAGUUCUGGGACUGAGGGAGCCCAGCACUACUCUUUGACAGAAGAAAUACAAAUGGAACCAAGGGCCUUACUGUUUAUUGUUAAACAAGAUGAAAAGCUGCAACAUCCAGUUUUCCAAAAAAUAAACCCAACAAAAAACCACCGUGGUAACCCUCUUUGUGGGAGAGUAUGAAUGAUAAGUCAUGCAGUGGAUGGGAAAUGAAAGUAGCACUGAUAAGGAGAUGCAUGUUCUUCAUAGGCUGCAUUUCUGUUUGGAAAAAAAAGGACUUUUUCGACUUUUAAUAUAAAUUAAGCCAUAAGAGUUUCAUGCUGUGGGAAGGGAAUGAAAGGGAUCACUUUAAGAGAUUAUAUUGAUAUGUAUUGUCACUUCUGCUGGGAAAUGUCUAUUGCUGCCAAUGCUUUAGUGAAUCUUUUUUUUUUAAAAAAAAAAACAAACAUGGGAUUUGAAAAAAAAAACCAAACAAAAAACGGGGCUAGUUCUUGGCUAUAUUUACUAGUUUUGUAGUAAUGUUUUGCUGGCCCAUUUGUCUUUUCCUCCUUUUUCUACUCUCAUAGUCUAAUUUCUAUCUUUCCUUCUUAAUGUUUCUGAAAAUGUUAGCUUGUCUGCUCAGUAGGGGUCGGUGUGUGUGUGUGUCUUCCUUUUUACAGAAACGCACUACUGUGUUAAGUAUUUGGCUGGGAAAUGGGAUGCUGCAGCUUUAAGAGCAUUUUUUUCAAUUCAUAACAGUAUUUCCCAUCCUCUUUUGCCUGCAGGCAGGGAAAGUGUAUGUACAGUAUUUAUUUUGUUUUGAUUUUACUUUAAAUUUGUAAGUUUCUAUAAGUAGUUCACAUUGAUUAUUCUAGGGGAGGACAAGUGGCUUUGUUUAAAUUUGUAUUUGAUAUUCAUAGUUUCCACUUUCUGUACUUAAAAAUACUGAAAUUAAAAAAUUGUAUGCUUAUGUUUUGAUUUUA